AAGGCCAUUUUCUUCAUUGAAAAAAUGGCGCUUGAAACGGGCCACGUUUUGCUGCUGUUUUUACUUGUCGUGAUGUCUUAUUUCUUUCAAGAAGUAAAUAAACAGCAGCCUGCUCCUUAUAUGGAUGAAAUAUUUCAUAUUCCUCAAGCUCAAAACUAUUGCUCUGGUCAUUUUAAUCAUUGGAAUAAGAAGAUAACAACAUUGCCAGGCUUAUAUUUAUCAAGUCAAUUAUUUUUAAAGAUCAGCACAAUAUUUAGUGACAAAGGUAUAGAAAGCAUUUGUGAUGCAAAAAAUUUGAGGCUCACCAAUGUAAUCUUUAUCAUGGGCUGUGCAACUAUAUUGAGAGGUAUUUUGCGCAUACUUUGUAGAACAGAAAACAAUGGAAAGGAGGAAAAAGACAACAAGAAAGCAGCUGAAAAUGAUCCAGAUCAUCAAGCAAAAAUUCUAAUUACAUCUGUUGUGUUAACCACAUUUCCAUUGUUGUUUUUCUUCACGUUCCUGUAUUAUACUGAUGUUGGUUCCACAUUUUUCGUUUUAUUCAGUUAUUACUUCACUUUAACAAAUGCACAUAUGCUAUCUGCUUUUACUGGAGUGCUAGCAGUGUUCUUCCGUCAAACCAACAUUGUGUGGGUUGGAUUCAAUAUGGCUACUGGUAUUCUUAUAUAUCUUAGAAGAAAAAGAUUAAUUCAAGAGAAAUCAAAUUUAUUUCAAAGCAUAUUUGAUGCCGUGAAAGGGAUCUUGGCACAUUAUGUUGAUGUUCUUUUAAUCGCCAUACCAUAUUGCAUUGUUUUUCUUAGCUUUUUAUUAUUUGUAAUUAAAAAUAAAGGUAUAGUUGUUGGUGACAGAACAAGUCACGAGGCAUCAUUAAAUGUGCCCCAGCUUUUUUAUUUUUCAACUUUUGUUAUGAUAUACAGUUCAUUUCUUCUUUAUCGAUACGCAAACAUAAAGAACAUUUGGACCGAUAUUAAGAAUAUUGUUACAUCUCCAAGAAAGUUAUUGCUUUGUCUUUUAGCCAUUGGUGUCAUGUUGUAUCUGGUGCAUAAUUUCACAUAUGUGCAUAAAUAUCUCAUUUCUGACAAUCGUCAUUACACGUUUUACAUAUGGAAAAGGAUUUUUGAGAAACAUUGGGCUGUAAAGUAUGCUUUAGUUCCAGGAUACUUAUUAUCAUGGUUAAUUAUCUUCAAUGAGCUGAACAAAAGUAACAGAUCAAUUUGGAUCCUCUUAUAUUUACUCUGUACGGCAGCAGUCUUAGUACCACAAAAAUUACUUGAGUUUCGUUAUUUUAUCAUACCUUAUCUGUUAUUCCGAUUACACAUUGGUGUGCGUAAUUACUUGGAGCUUAUCACAGAGUUUGUUUUAUACAUGUGUGUCAAUGCAGUGACAUUGUAUUUGUUUAUUUAUCGUCCUUUUAAAUGGGACCAUGAAGAUGCAAUACAACGGUUCAUGUGGUAGAGAAAUAUAAAAUAUGUGAAAGUUAACUUAAAAGUUUUUUGUUUUUGUUUUAUUUUGCUGAGAAGAUAAACAAAAUGUAAUUUGUAUUACUUCGAUUAACAAGAGAAAUAUGCAAUAAAUUAUGUUUUUACAAAGAACAUCUAAAAA